AUCCUUCUAGGAAAGUACGGCAUCUUCUACCGGAAGGCCGGAGCUCAUUUCCACCUAAAACUCCAAGUAUCCUCAUAUACCCACAUGGACGCCUGCAUACCGAUUAAUUCAUAGAAAUAAGUGCUUUCAAGCUCAUAUAUGCACGUGGUGCCGUGUUAGCUGCAAGUAAUUCUGAAGAUACUAUGGCAAUGACUGAUGAGCCCCUCUACCCAAUAGACGUGUUGAUAGAGGAGUUGAAGAAUGAUGACAUUCAACUCCGGUUGAAUUCUAUCCGGAAGCUAUCUACUAUUGCUCGUGCACUUGGGGAGGAAAGAACUCGGAAAGAGUUGAUCCCAUUCUUGAGUGAAAACAAUGAUGACGAUGAUGAGGUGUUGCUUGCAAUGGCAGAAGAGUUGGCUGUCUUUAUUCCUUACGUCGGAGGUGUUGAACAUGCUAAUAUCUUGCUCCCACCUCUAGAGACACUUUGCUCAGUGGAGGAGACAUGUGUGAGGGACAAGGCUGUUGAAUCCUUGUGCAGAAUUGGGACUCAAAUGCGAGAGACUGACAUGGUUGAGUGGUUUGUCCCUCUAGUGAAGAGGCUGGCAGCUGGUGAAUGGUUUACUGCUAGAGUGUCUGCAUGCGGACUAUUUCACAUUGCUUAUGCAAGUUCCACUGAGAUGUUAAAGACAGAGUUAAGGUCACUUUACAGUCAGCUAUGCCAGGACGAUAUGCCUAUGGUCAGAAGGUCUGCUGCAACUAACCUCACAAAGUUUGCCGUUGCUGUUGAACCUUCUCCCCUCAAGACUGACAUCUUGUCAAUAUUUAAUAAUCUUACUCAAGAUGAUCAAGACUCCGUUCGCCUAUUAGCCGUUGAAGGCUGCGGGGCUUUAGGUAAAUUAUUGGAGCCCCAGGAUUGCGUUGCGCAUAUCCUGCCUGUUGUUGUAAACUUCAGUCAGGAUAAGUCUUGGCGUGUGCGAUACAUGGUUGCAAACCAGUUAUAUGAGCUAUGUGAAGCUGUAGGUCCUGAACCAACAAGGACGGACUUGAUUCCUGCUUAUGUGCGCUUACUUCGAGAUAAUGAAGCGGAGGUACGCAUAGCUGCCGCUGGGAAAGUCACCAAAUUUUGUCGGAUUCUUAGUCCUGAACUUGCCAUUCAGCAUAUUCUUCCAUGUGUCAAGGAAUUGUCAUCAGAUUCUUCCCAGCAUGUGCGGUCUGCUUUGGCAGGUGUGAUAAUGGGAAUGGCUCCUAUUGUGGGGAAAGAUGCAACCACUGAACAUUUGCUUCCAAUAUUUCUAUCUCUUUUGAAGGAUGAAUUCCCUGAUGUACGGCUUAACAUUAUUAGCAAGCUUGAUCAAGUCAACCAGGUUAUUGGAAUUGAUUUGUUAUCUCAAUCACUAUUGCCAGCAAUAGUUGAGCUUGCAGAGGACAGACAUUGGAGAGUGCGUCUUGCUAUAAUAGAAUACAUACCUUUGCUGGCUAGUCAACUGGGUGUGGCUUUCUUUGACGAUAAGCUUGGAUCUCUUUGUAUGCAGUGGUUGCAGGACAAGGUUCAUUCAAUAAGAGAUGCUGCUGCUAAUAAUUUGAAGCGGCUAGCUGAAGAAUUUGGUCCAGAAUGGGCAAUGCAGCACAUCAUUCCUCAGCUCUUAGACAUGGUGACUAAUCCUCAUUAUUUGUACCGAAUGGUAAUUCUUCGUGCAAUAUCAUUGCUUGCACCUGUUGUGGGCUCCGAGAUUACAUGUUCAAAAUUACUACCUGCCAUUGUUGCAGCAUCUAAGGAUAGAGUGCCCAACAUUAAAUUUAACGUGGCAAAGGUUUUACAGUCGCUCAUCCCCAUCGUCGACCAAUCCUUGGCAGAGAAAAUAAUCCGUCCCUGCUUGGUUGAGUUGACUGAGGAUCCUGACGUUGAUGUUCGCUUUUUUGCCGACCAAGCACUUCAGUCAAUUGAUAAUGUUGUGAUGUGAAGCUAGCUGAAGAUUUCAUGGCAGGGAAGUUGUAGUUCACUUAUGUGCAGGGUAUAUUUCGUUUCUAGUUAAUGAAGAACUUAAUGAACUUAUUAUAUACCUAGUAUGUUUAAAACAUAAACAAUCUUCUAUUCCUAUACGUCUAUAACAAAAACCUUUUAUGGCUGAAAAUAGACACAAAAGUAAACAAAAAGAAAGGGGCAUUCCGAGAAUUGAACUCGGGAGUCGGGACCUCUCACACCCAAAGCGAGAAUCAUACCACUAGACCAAAUGCCCAACCAACUUGAGUGUGUUGAGUUUUUAAUAUUUUUAUUUUGUUGUUUUAUCCCUCUUGGUGGGGCAAAUGUUACGCUUAUUGAGCUGAG